AGAAGGUAACCUAGAGUAGAGACGCUAUAUGGCAAAAAGGGAAAUUCCAGAGAUCUAUUUUAUCAUCCCAUUUUCCUAACCCUAGCUUCACCCCUCUGCCUUUGCCGCUUUCUUCAAACUCCGCCUCCGCCUGGUUUCUUCCAUCUUUUAAUUCUAGGGUUUUGCAGAUAGGUGCACUGUUUGCAUUUCUUAUCCCCCCAUAAAUGAGAGGCAGGAGUUAUACUCCAUCUCCGCCCAGAGGCUACGGCCGUAGAGGGCGGAGCCCUAGUCCCAGAGGCCGUUACGGUGGUCGUGCUCGCGAUCUUCCUACGAGCCUUUUGGUUCGCAACCUCCGCCAUGACUGCAGGCCUGAAGACCUUCGUAGGCCAUUCGAAAGAUUUGGCCCUCUUAAAGAUAUUUAUCUGCCCAAGGAUUAUUAUACUGGGGAACCUCGAGGGUUUGGUUUUGUCCAGUAUGUUGAUCCUGCUGAUGCUACUGAAGCUAAAUACCAGAUGGAUGGGCAGGUUCUUCUUGGUCGAGAGUUGACCGUUGUCUUUGCUGAAGAAAACAGGAAGAAACCUACUGAAAUGAGGCACAGAGAACGAGCAAGUGGAGGUCAAUAUCGUGAUAGGAGAAGGUCCCCUCCUCGAUACUCUCGCUCGCCACCACGUCAUGGAAGAUACCAGUCUCGAAGUCGUGAUUAUUCUCCUCCUCCUAAAGAUAGGCAUUACUCAAGAUCUCCUUCACCGCAAGGACGCUACAGCCGAGAGAGGUAUUCACGUUCUCCUCCACCAUACAAUGGCUCAAGGAGCCGGAGCCGGAGUCUAGACAGGGGCCAGGGUCCCAGCCAGGGCAGAAGUCGCAGCCCAGUGAGCCCAAGGGAAGUUAGAAGCCCAGUGAGAGGCAGAAGCCGGAGCCCAAGAGAAGUUGGAAGCCCAUUGAGAGGCAGAGGCCAGAGUCCAUACCAUGAGGAGUACAAGAGGGAAUUAAAUGGAGAAAGGUCUCCUAGUCAAUGAUAUCUGUGCUGCAAUCCUUUUUAUGGUUUGGUGUUUAAACUGAAGUUUGUUAGGAUAAUUUGGUGGAUUUAAGAGUCCAACUGGUAAUGCCGAACAUGGAAUAGGGGGUGCUGAAAUAUUCUUUAUUAAGGGCCUAUGUUAACUAGUACUGAAAGUACUUUUUUGGUGAUCCUUUUCUUUUGGUGCAACUUUUGAAUUUAUGCUGGUA